GAGAAGCAGCGGGGAGUUCUGCUACCCAAAGCUUUCUACAUUCCUGGCUGUCUGCUUCGGCUGCUGAAGAGCUGCCUUCUAUCGGGAAAAGAAAGGGACUUCAAACCUUUCAUAUAACGUCCUCUCCUAGGAAAUUAUUGAGCACAGGAAGAUUGUAUUCAUGUAUUACUUGUGCAAAAAGCAUAGUAUAGUCCAGACUCCAGAUCAAAAGCUGCUGUUGCUCAGAGAGAAAGAGAGCCAUCAGAUGCCAGAGCCCUUCAGCCUCCUCCCACCUAGCCCCCACUCCCAGGAAUAAAGAUGGCUGCUGAACCAGUAGAAGACAAUUGCAUCAGCUUUGUGGAAAUGAAAUUUAUUAACAAUACACUUUACUUUGUAGCUGAAAGUGAUGAAGACCUGGAAUCAGAUUACUUUGGCAAGCUUGAACCUAAGUUCUCAGUCAUACGAAAUUUGAACGACCAAGUUCUCUUCAUUAACCAGGAAAGUCAACCCGUCUUUGAGGAUAUGCCUGAUUCUGACUGUUCAGAUAAUGCACCCCAGACCAUAUUUAUCAUAUGUAUGUAUAAAGACAGCCUCACUAGAGGUCUGGCAGUAACCAUCUCUGUGCACUGUAAGAAAAUUUUUACCCUCUCCUGUAAGAACAAAAUUCUUUCCUUUAAGGAAAUGAGUCCUCCUGAUAAUAUUGAUGAUGAAGGAAAUGACAUCAUAUUCUUUCAGAGAAGUGUUCCAGGACAUGAUGAUAAGAUACAGUUUGAGUCUUCAUUGUACAAAGGAUACUUUCUAGCCUGUAAAAAAGAGAAUGACCUUUUCAAACUCAUUUUGAAAAAUAAGGAUGAAAAUGGAGAUAAAUCUGUAAUGUUCACUGUUCAAAACAAGAACUAGAUAUUAAAAUUGCAUAAUUUGAA